CGCGUCCCAUGUCGAAGAUGGUGUCCUUGUGCUUGCCAUGCAAAGCGGAAUUUCAAGCUAGCGCCGCCAGGGAUGAUGGAGAAUGUGCUCGGCAAAAUAUUUGUCGGAUACUCGGGCCUUCCUGUCGUCAGCAAACCCUGCGACUUCAGAGGGUGUAGAGAUCGACAAACCGCCACUGCUAACAUGGAAUACUGGUUUCCUUCGUGGUUCAUAUCGAUGAAUUUACAAAUGUACCUUACGAACCUGCCGCGAAGGGGGAUGCAUAUCCAGCUGUCGACAACGAGAAGGAUCCCAGAUGACUCUGCGUCCAUCAACUUCGCCAUGCAAGGAAACAUCGAUGGUCUGAGAUUCCUGUUCAGUCAAAAGCUAGCACACCCAAAGGAU